CCUCCCCUCCCCCGCCGGGGCCGAGGGCGCAGGAUGAGCGCGUCAUCGGCGCGCGGGUUGCUAGGCGAGGAGUCGGAAGAGGGAGGAAGAAGAGGAGGAGGAGUCGAACGCGGAAGUGGCGGCGGGGCCGACGACGACGACGAGGAGCAGCCGCGGGACCCCAGCGGCCCGCGCCCGGGGGAUGGCGGCGUCCGGGGCGCCCACCCCUCGGGCGGCCAGGGUUAAGCGGCGCUCGGGCAGAUACUUCCAGAAAGUGCCCGGAAGAAGCUCCCCGCCGGAGAAACGGAAAGGCGGCCGUUUCUAACGGCGGCCCGCGGAGAUGGCGGAGUCCGCCGACGGCCGCCCCAAGACGGCGGACGUGAGGCCCAAGACCCCCCGCAGCCGCAGCGCCGACAGGAAGGACGGCUACGUGUGGAGCGGGAAGAAGCUGUCGUGGUCCCGGCGGGCGGAGGGCCGCCCGGGGGCGGAGGCGGGGGCCGGCCCCCCGGCCCGGGCCCAGGAGAGGAAGCCCGCCGAGCCGGAGGGGGACGGGCCGGGCGGCCGGCGGCUCCCGGGCCGCUCCCUGAAGCAGAAGCUGCAGGACGCCGUGGGCCACUGCUUCCCCAUCAGACCCUGCGGCGGGCGCCACGUCUCCCUGGCCCUGCCGGCCAAGAGGAAGAUCCACAUCAGCGAGCUGAUGCUGGACCAGUGCCCCUUCCCGCCCCGCUCCGACCUGGCCUUCCGCUGGCACCUCAUCAAACGGCACACGGCGCCCCCCAGCCCCAAGCCGGACCCGGGCGACGGGGCGGCGGCGGACCCGCCGGACGGGGCGGGCUCCGACGACGAGAUGGGGGCCCCCCCCAGCUCCCGCAAGCGCAACGAGCCCGGCUGGGAGGCGGCCGGGCCGCCGCCGCCGCGGCCCGAGACGCCCCCGCGGUACCACACCCAGAUCGACUACGUCCACUGCCUGGUGCCCGACCUGCUGCGGAUCAACAACAACCCCUGCUACUGGGGGGUCAUGGACAAGUACGCGGCCGAGGCCCUGCUGGACGGGAAGCCCGAGGGCACCUUCCUGCUGCGCGACUCGGCCCAGGAGGACUACCUCUUCUCCGUCAGCUUCCGCCGCUACAGCCGCUCCCUGCACGCCCGCAUCGAGCAGUGGAACCACAACUUCAGCUUCGACGCCCACGACCCGUGCGUCUUCCACUCGCCCGACAUCACCGGCCUCUUGGAGCACUAUAAGGACCCCGGCUCCUGUAUGUUCUUCGAGCCGCUCCUGUCCACGCCGCUGCACCGGACCUUCCCCUUCUCCCUGCAGCACAUCUGUCGGACGGUCAUCUGCAACAGCACCACCUACGACGGCGUGGACGCCCUGCCCAUCCCCUCGGCUCUGAAACUCUACCUGAAGGAGUAUCACUACAAGUCCAAGGUCAGGGUGCUCCGGAUCGACGGGCCGGAGCGGCAGAUCUAGGGGGGCCCUCGCCGCCGGGCUCUCGUCCGAAGCCUUCCCGGUCCCCUUCCUCUUUUCCCCUCCUCGCGACGGCGCUUGGAAUUUUUUCUACCAGAGCGUUGGACGUCCGGAUUCGCUCCUGCCCUGGAGGUUGCUUUUCCGAGGACACCCGGGUGGCUUUCUUUUCUCCUCUCUCUCUCUCUGUCGAAGCAACGCUAACCCCCGACUCUGGCGUCCGCCUGCGUCCUCGACGGUCCUGUGGACUUUUUUUUGGAGUCGGCCUCGUCAAGCCCCCCUCCCCCCCCCCCCCCCGUGUAGCGGUUCGUCUUUAGAUUGACAUUUUUGGAUCCGUCUUUUGUAUCGUAUUUGCGUACGUCCCAGGCAUGUUCGACGCUCGGUGUGCGCCGCAGACUAAACGUGGAGUGUUCUGUAUUUUAUACGUUCCUUUAAAAUUCUCGCUCCGUCUCGUGUAUGAGAAAAGGAAAA